GCACAGAUGUCUGUUUUGUGCAUUUUAAUCAUUGUAACAUUAGUCGAGUUUGGUGACGACUAUAAAGAAGGAAUUGAGAACGAAGUAAUAAUUUACUAAGUAAUAAUUUACUGACUGGAGAAAAUGUGUGAUUCUGACAGGCUUGUAUUAAAUGAUACAACAAAGACGCUAGACAAUAUCAAAGAGGAUUAUGAGACAAAUGAUGAACGCCUUGAAAUAAUUACAAGCGAUCGUUAUGACGACAUUUAUGAUGUCAUUGAAAAUCAUUUUAUUCCAGAUGAAUCUUUAUGUAGAGCGUUCGGUGUAAAGUGGCAUGAGGAUUUCAGAAAAAUAAUACACGGUUUUCUCGUUCAAAAUAUGUCUGUAGGCUUAUUUGCAAGAGAUACAAAUGAAUUAAAGGGGGUGAAGAUUAUUGGUGUGAUGAAGAAAAGUGACCCAACCGACAACGUCACAAUUAUUUCUUACGAACCAUUACGAGAAAUUUUCAUUUUUUUAACACACCAGGCGUCCGGUGUAAAUUUCUUUGAAAGGUACAGAUGCAACAAAGCUGCAUAUUUCUUUGCAAUAUGUGUGAAGCGCAAUCACCGACGUCAAGGGAUUGCAAGUCGUCUCACAUCUGUCGCUGUAGCAAUGUGUAAGGAGCUUGGUUUUGAAGCACUUUAUAUAGAAGGAACGUCAAAUUACACCCAUAGGAUUUCCGAAAAGCAAAACUUUGAAAAGUUGCAUAAAUUACCGUAUAGAAAUUACAUUUAUAAUGGACAACCUAUCAUAAAUGGAACAGGGGAGCACACCAUGACUAUCAUUUAUGGCUUGAAAUUCUAAUUAUGUCAAUAAAUUUGUCACAGAAUACAAGGGGCUUUGUAAAAUAUUGCCCAGUCUAAAUUCUUAUCAUCGUUUCAAGUGUUAACUCGGAGUAGUUACACAAUCAAUAUGGACCUUCUAGGAUAUGUACACUGCGAUUCAAAAUGAUAGACCAGAACAAUUUUCAGGGAGAUCAAACAGCGUAUUGUAAAGUGCGUAUAUUGCUUGACAUUGACGGGCCUUAUUUUUAAUCAGAUUUUGACAAAGUUUAUAGGGGUUGUAAAAUAUUACAUGUCAGUUAGGAAAUCGGUCUGGUUAUUUAAAUAUGUUAAAACAGAUAUCAAUCUGGCUGUCCCAAACAGCCAUAUCCGAAAGAUGUGUUGCAGCGAUAAAGGCGGCUGUAGAUAAAGAUUCCCGCUUUAUACUGAUGAGCAUCUAAUAAUUGCGCCCGAUGGAUACCCCAGCCCCUCACUGAUGCCCAAAAAGAAGGAGCCUUGUGUGAAAUGCGCCAUAGCUUCACUUAAGGUACACAAAAUGCUGGUCGAAAACGUAUUUAUGAAAUCAUGACUGGGGAUGAAACAUGGGUCGAUUUCUAUGCGCUAGGGUGUAAGGUGUGGAUCUGAUAAAAUGGUGCAGGACACAAAAUUGCACAUAGACUCUUGCUAAACUUAUAUAGCUGACGUACACAUUAUUGUUUGUUAUUUCAAAAUUAUAAACUUUUAAAAUGUUCAUUAUGUUAUUACACAGUGAUAGUUUUUCCAUUGGAUGUACACAUAUGUUAUUAUAGUUUUAUUUAGAAAAUAUAACGUUGCAACGGUUUUAAAAAUACAGCAUAAUAAAAGUACUUAAACGUGAAUUAAACUGGUAUUUCUGGGAGAAAGAAAUAUAAUAACCAUGUAGCUUCCUGUAAUAAAUAUACAUGUAUGAACCAGUUUUGUAAUCUUAUCUAUUUCAGAAACGCUCCAUUGUGUGUUGGAGAGCAAGUUUUCUUUGCUUUAAUUAAACAUUCAAAUCACAUGAAUAAUAUAUCACUUCACUUUCUCUUUGUGUAUGAUAUUGAAUAUAUAGAUAUCUUAAUCGUGCAUUCUUCACUGUGCAUUCUUAAGUGUUAAAUUGCACAACAAUUGUGUGUUAUAUGUACAUUAACUAAACUGAGACAUGUAUACCAAGAAAAUUGGUGUUUAUUUUCUGAUACAUCGAUC